GAUAGGGGUCGUGAUCGUGACAAAAAUCGAGAUUAUGAUCGCAAUAAGGACAAAGAUCGGGAUCGAGAGCGUCGAGCUCGUGAAGAAGAGAGACGCGCUGAACGUCGUCAAGAAUUUGUUAAGCCGUUAGAAAAUGUGCAGCCACCAGCCGAGAAGAAGAAGAAGGUACCGAUGGAGACAGAAGGCUAUGCGGAAUGCUAUCCCGGCGGUGUGUACGAAGAGGGCGUCGAAAGCGACGACGAAGCAGAUUAUUCCAAAAUGGACAUGGGAAAUAGGCGUGGUCCUGUUAAACGCUGGGAUUUCGAUAAUAGUGAUGAGUACGAGAAGUACAUGGAGGCAAAAGAGGCGUUACCAAAAGCAGCGUACCAGUUCGGAGUGAAAACGAACGACGGUCGAAAAACGAGGAAGAGCGGGGCUGAUCGUGAGAAACUAAAGCUGGACCGUGAAUUCUCUGAAAUAAGGAAAAUUUUGGAAAAGCGAAAAGCGGAUGGCCAUCAGUCGUAUGUUUUAAAAAUUGACGGUUUCCUUUACUUCGUUUCCUUUACUUUGAGCAGCCACUAG